CAACCCACGAUUCAUCCAUCAUCCCUCUCCCUUCUUUAUUCUCCCGCACCCCCGUUUGAUCCCUCCCUUUCUCAUCUAUUUUCAUCUUUUUUUUUUCCCGUCAUCCUUCCAUUUCCUCAUCCUCUCACUCCCCCUUCAACACCACGUUUUAUCUCCUUGUCCUGUCUUUUUUUAAUCCGAUCAAUAUAAGAACCGACCUUUGACUGCACGCGCGUGCACACCACCCCAGAGCGAUCAGCACUAAUAAUGGCCCAGCAGCAGCAGCAGCCUCCAGUCGAGGAUGGGCCCAUUCCUUUCUUUGGUGGCCCCAAUCCCUCUGCUGGAAAUAACAGGGCUGGUCCACCCCCGCCCCGUCACUUCCAGCAACAGCAACAGCGGCCUCUGUUCCAGCCUCAGUCUCAAUCUCAGCGUCAUCCUCAGCAACACCCUCAGCAGAUGCCAUCUCAGAUGUCACCUCUAGGACAGCAAGGAUUCCAGAGACAACAGCAACAACCACCUCGGCAGAUGAGCCAGUCGCCCUUUGCGCCCGCGGCUGAUCUCUUUGCUACCCCACCUAGUUCGAACAUGCUUGGGAACCAGAACCAGAACCAGGCACAGCCUCAGGGAUAUCUGCCCCUAGGCAGCUUCCCUCACGCUCAGGGUGCACCUUCGCACCACCAGCAGCAGGCACAACAAACCCAACCACCGCCGCAGCGGUUGCCCGUACAGCAACAGCAACAGCAGCCAUUUGCUCCUCAACCACCACAGCCGAGGCAGCACCAAGGACCCCCGCCUCAGCGCCCACCUGUCCAGCAGCAGCAGCAGCAGCAACAGCAGGCACCUAGCCCCUACCAGCGGAAUCCUCAGCAACAGCAAGCGCAGGCGCCAUUGCCUUUUGGCGAUCAGGCAUAUCAGCCAGCACAUGAAAUUAUCCCAGCUCUAACUCCAGCUCCAGCUCCAGCCCCAGCUCCAGCUCCAGCUCCAGCUCCAGCUCCAGCUCCAGUUCCUGCAAGGGAUCAGACUAGCUCCCCCUUUGAAUCUGCUUCCGAUCUGUUUGGAAACUCAGUCAGCCAAGGAGCUGCAGGAUGGAUCAUUCCUUCCACAGCAGAGACAAGCAUCCAACCCGUAUCAACUACUGCAGCAAACCCAUUUGCCCCUCCUCCUGCCCCUGUUGUAGCUACUGGACGUCCGCCACUGCCAACUGGGUCGCUUCAGAAACAACCCUCUUUACCGCAAGUCUCACAAGUCCAGCAACAGGCGCCCUUAGCUCCCCCGCCUCAACGCCAGCCGUCUCUUCAGCCUUCUCAGCAACAGCCAGUAAGACAGGGAUCCUUCUCGACUCAAAGCUUCUCGCAAGGUCCUCCUCGUCAAAGUCCGACUGCCCCUCAUGGUGCACCACAUGCUCAGCCUGCUCCAGAGACAUCCGCCUCUCAGUUUCCUUCUCUGCCAAGGGCAUCCAUUGGAACACCUCGACAAGGCCCAUUAAGUGCCCCCAUUUCCGCGUCUGCAAACCAGGGAGCCUCACCUUAUGCAAACCAUCCCCCUCCGCAGACUCCGCUCUUGAUGGCCAUUCAGACGCCAUUGAUGUUGCCUGCCCAGACUCCACAGGUGUAUCAGUCGUCGCGCACGCCUUACAUGGGCCCUGUGGGCAAUCAAUUUGGAUCAUCGUCACCGCAGCUUUUACUCGAGCCCUGUCCCUAUCCCGAGUGUGGCGGGGAGAACAAACCUCAGGCAAAAUUCUGUUCUGAAUGCGGUCGCUCUAUCUCUGUGGUAAGCCGUGCUGCAACCCCUUCGCUCAACCAUCGUGCCGCGUUUCCUGUUAGUCAAGCACCUCCCGUACCCAGUUUGGAUCGUGUGAAUUCAUAUUCACAAGAAUAUCAGCAGGCGGAGCAACAGCAACAGGUUCCAGAGCAAUAUCAGCAGCAAGAUGCUAGUACCUACCAGGACAACCAGGCCUUCCAGUAUGGUGACCAAACGCAGUAUGGAUAUGAUGGAUACGAUGGCCAGGCGCAAAGUCAGCAGGAUCAGGGAUACAAUAACCAAGGUUACGAUCAAGGAUAUGACCAAGGUUAUGAGCAGGGAUACGAGCAAGGAUAUGACCAAAACUACGAUCAAGGAUACGGUGACCCCACCUAUUACGACCAGAACCAGCAGUACUAUGAUCCUGCUACAGGCCAAUACAUGGAUCCAUAUGUACAGCAGGAGCAGGUCAUUCCUGAGCCCGAACCUGAGCCCGAAGAGCCCGAGGGCAUCGACGACCCAUUAAACCGCAUUCAUGGAUGUCCCUUGAUCGCCUUUGGAUUUGGAGGUAAAAUUAUGACCUCUUUCCCACGGACUGUUCAGCGAUUCGAUGCCGCCACCUCGAUCAUGGCGACCAAGAAGUAUCCUGGCGAUCUCCAGCUUGAGCAAAUCAAGGAUGUUUUGCAGGUCGAUACAGAGAUCUCCAGCUACCCAGGUCCUCUCUUGAUAGACAGUGCGGUCCAGUUGAAGAACAAGCGCAAGGAUGUUCUCAAGUUUAUUGAGGACAGGAUCAAGGAGUUUGAGCACGAGCAGCAGGAUAUCACAUUUGAUGCCCAUCGCGUCUUGAUCUGGAGACUCUUCAAGGUUAUGAUUGAGCAGGAGGGUGUCCUCGUUGGGGGGUAAGACUUUUUUGUCCCCCUUUCACACAAGGACAUGGAUGUUAUCAAAUACAGCGUUUAACCAUUGCGUUUGUGACUAAAUAGUGCCAAGGUAGAUGAGGCUGUCCGGAGUGUGCUGCUCUCUAUUCC